CAGACUGCAGGACGGAUCGACAACCACUGCGAUGCUGCUCCUGCUGCUGCUGCUCCUCCGCCCCCCUCCCUGUGCCGGCUGCCAGGCCUCCUCCUUCACCGAGUGCCAGGUCGCGCCCUUCGUUGCGGGUCAUGACCUCGCCGGCGAGGGUUUCGAUGUGGUGACGAUGAAGACGACCGGCGCCGGUGUCGUCGACCUCAAGACCUUCAUGGUGGGCGGAGUCAAGGGGAACUGCACCGUGUGCCACAACCGCCUCCUCCAGCAGACCCAGAAGCUGCCGGCCGCUGUGCGGGACUGGAAGGUCAAGGUGCAGUGUAAGCGUCACAUCACCAGUAAAAUCUUUGACUCCAGCCAAUCGGUGAUGAAGGAAGAGGGUUCGUCUGUGAACAGGAGCUGGAAGGUGGGCCUUAAGAUUGGUGGACUGGCUGGUUUUGCUACCGGAGGGUCUCACUCCGACACGACCAAGUUUGUGGAGAGUCGCAGCAAGAGGGACAAGUCCUCUUUCCUCACCCAUCACUUCCAGUGUGAAUACUACAGUCUCCAGCUGCGCUCGUCUCCUCCGCUGACUGAAGACUUCCAGAAGUCCCUGAACAACCUGCCCUCCACCCACUACCACAGGAACACCUCCGCCUUCCGCCGCUUCAUCUCCACCUACGGCACCCACUUCAUCCGCGGGGUCACCCUCGGGGGUCGGCUGCACGCCAUCACCGCCGUCCGCACCUGCGAGGCCGCCAUGGGCGCCAUGUCGGCCCACACGGUCGGCACCUGCCUGUCGGUGGAGGCCAGCGCCACCAUCGGGUUCAUCUCCUCCGAGAACAGCGUCAAAUUCUGUAACGAGAAGAUGAAGAGCCUGAGGAACGCCACCGCGUUCAGCCGGGCCUUCAGCGACCGCAUGAGCUCCGUCAGCGGCGGGGACGGAGACGUCUCGGACGUCCUCUUCGGUGACGGUGGAGCAGCGGCGUACCUGAAGUGGCUCCGGUCCCUGAAGAGGGUCCCGGGUGUGGUGUCGUACUGGAUCAGCCCACUGCACCAGCUGGUGACCGAUAACCCGAUGCUGAGGUCGACCCUGCAAGACGCCAUCAGCGACUACAUCCGCCGGCGCGCCAAGUCGCUGCAGUGCCCGGCCAGCUGCCCCAUCGGCCACCGCACGCCCAGCUGCGCCUGCCGGUGCCACGGCCACCGCAUGGUGGACGCCAACUGCUGCCCCGCGGCGCCCGGCGUGGCCCGCCUGGGCGUGACGGUGGUCCGAGCCGAGGGGCUGUGGGGGGACGACUUCACCAGGACGGACGGGUACGUGAAGGUGAGGUACGGGGCGCACGGCGCCACCACCCCCGUCGUCUGGAACGACGACUUCCCCCAGUGGAACUAUCAGAUCCACUUCGGCAGCGUCAACCUGGGAGGGAACCUACCCGUUCGCUUCGAGGUCUGGGAUCGGGACCACGCCUGGGACGACGACCUGCUGGGCAGCGCCAGCGUCUUCCCCACGGCGGGCGGGAAACCGGAGCGGAGGUUCCGGCUGAAGCACGGAGCGCUGAUCAUCCGGCUGACGGUGCAAUGCGCCCCCAGCCUGCAGGGGGCGCUGUGCCAACAGUACGCCCCCUCACCCGCCCGGGUGGAGCGCUGGGGGUCCGGGUGGUCUGCAGCGGAGGAGGGUGCCUCUCGUUUCUCCACAAGAGAUAAAAUGAAAUGAAACAAUUAAAACGGAUUCUGAGAUUUGACCAGAUUUCAUUUGAAACUUUUGGUAGAAGAAAAAUGAGCUCAAUAUAUUUUCUUGCUUUAACUUUUAUUUCACUCUAUCAUGAAGAUGCUCUCGGCUUCUGAACGCUUCUCUCCUUUGCUUCAGUCUGGCUGAAUGACUUUGACGCCGCUGGGUUUGAAUGCCGUGUUCUUUAACAGAGGACACAUUUUUGUCCUGUAAGC